UGUUAGGCGCAUUGGUUGCCAGGUGUGCGGAGCUCGUCUGGAGCUCGUUUGGCUUUGUGUCAUGACUGAAGAAGGCUACCUUUUUUGUUCUGUACCCGUCAACGUCCGAUAAAUAUCGAUGAUAAACAUAGCUGCCAAGAUCAUAAAGUGGUAACAACAAGACAUUCUGCCUCAAGCUCGUAUCACACCAUUGCCACUUGCUUGUGAUGUCACUUCCCUGUCACAGAGUGUGAUGGCUUGUGCCAGGAUGGUGAAGCAUCUCAGGCUGCCAUUGCUGCUCCUGCUGCUGGCAUUAGCUGCAGAAUGCAACAGCAUGUCUCCACCAGAAAAACCAGACAAACUUGGCUGCAGGUCCCCCGACAAGGAGACUUUUUUCUGCUGGUGGACCCCAGGCUCUGAUGGAGGGCUGCCCACUGUGCAUCACCUCUACUAUAAGACAGAAGGUCAGGAGAAUAUGCGCCAGUGUCCGGACUACCACAAAGCUGGAAGUAACUCCUGUUUCUUUAGCAAGACCUCUAUCUGGGUCGAGUACACUGUGAUUGUGGAGGCUUCCAAUGCCCUGGGGAAUACUUCUUCAGACCCCCUUACUUUUGACUUGAUGAACAUUGUGAAGCCCUUUGCACCUGAAAAUGUUACAGUGGUGGUCAAUAUAGAGGACAGCCCACACCUCACCAUCCAAUGGCAUACACCGUCUAACAUAGACACAAAGUCAGGAUGGGUCACUCUGAAGAAUCAACUGAGAGUCAAACCAGACAAGAGCAAAAUAUGGAAGAAUUACGCGUCAGAAACACAAACACAUUUCACCAUUUACAGCAUUGAUCUUGGGGUGGUGUACAUGGUUGAAGUGCGCUGUGCAAUAGACAAUAGCUGGAGUGAGUGGAGCAACACUACCUUUGUCAAAGUCCCUAACUUUUCUCGCAAGGACAAUUCCUUUUGGAUACUGGUUUUCAGCCUCUGUCUAAUUCCAUUGCUUGCGGCAAUGAUUAUCUUGAUCCUGAAGAGAAAAACUGUGAAGAAGUAUAUUCUGCCCCCUGUCCCUAGUCCAAAGAUAAGAGGAGUUGAUGUUCAACUUCUCAAGAGCGGCCAGUCUGAAGAUGUCAUUAAUGCCAUGCUUCUCAACCAGAGAUUUCCUGUUAUGAUACCCUGGAAGGACCAGAAAGAGGAUUACCUGAUCGUGUCUGAUAAAGAAACCUCGUAUUUGCCGUUGGAGAAAAAGAAAAUAUUCAUUCUGCCACUUGCCAUGGCAUUAGACUCAGAAGUCCAAUCUAAGGAGACAAGUGAAGUGGAUCACUUUCCAAAAGACAGCGAGUCUUCCUCAGAGGAGAGUUCAGAUAAGACAGAGUCGUCGCAGCUUCUUACUAAAUGCUCAAGUGCAAACGUUUUAAAUGAUGAGAAGGCAAAUCGGCUAAAAGGUGUCACUGAGAAGAUCUUCCAACCGUUUGGAAUCGGUGGUUAUGUGGAUAUUCCGAGACAUGAGCACAUGCAGGAAGCAGACUACAGCAGAGUGAACGAGGUAAAUGGUGACAAUAUUUUAAUCAUGAAGAAAGAAAAUAUUCCCCAUACUCUGGACACACAGGGACAAGAAGGCAGUGUGCCUGAUAACUACAGCAUGGUGAAAGAAGUGAAUAGUGACAACGUGGUUUUCCUGGAGAAACACAGUGAGUCAGUUAACGCUUCUUUUAAGGCUAAAGGCUACAUAGACUGGGUCAAUCAGAAGCCAAAAAAUCUUCAUAUGACUGGGCACAGUGAAAUGGGAGUGUGCCCACAACUAGUUGGUUGUGAAUAUGUAGAUACUGUCCCUCCACCAGCUGUAAUCUAAAACUUUUUAUCAUAUAAAAAUGCUAUUAUAAGGUGACAGCAGACAUUCAUCAUUACUUACUGUUGAAUCAAAGCUGUGAAUAGUCUAUAUUUUUGCUGUUCUCGUUGGAUGUACGGUUGGUACAGACAUUCGUAAAAACCAUAAAAUGUACCAUCUCUGGUCCAGGGGUACUUGGGCUACUGAGUAUAAAUUAUACUUGCACCAACAGCAGGUAAAAGUUUGUCCUUAUUCAGUAGAACAGUUUGACAUGUGCUCAUUGGAUUUGCGCAUUUUGUCCAGACAUCCAUGAGAAUGAUAGUGCUCUGUUUCAUCUCGAGUUAUCUGGGGGCUGACUUUUUGUUUUGAGUAACAUCCAGUGAAUGGAUUCUUUUCAACCAGAUUUGGCUAAUACUGUGGUUUACCAAUUAAUACCUGCAAAAACCUCAGGUGUAAUUUGUGUUUAGUAGUAAUUAGUAUUGCCAAAGUUAUGCUGAAAUAGAUCGAGACUAUACCAGCUAAACAUCAAAUCCCUGCUUUUAGCUCAAAGCAUGAUGUGUCAGAGUACAGCAUGACUGAAUUGCUUUUAAGUCAACUCUUAUAUUACAUUAGCCAUGUCAAGCUUUCAAAACAUUAUUAGUAGAAUGCUUAAUUUGUGGUAUAGCUAAGUAAAGUAACCCAAGUUUAAUCAUUUAAGGCUUGUUGGCAAAGAGACUGUUGCUUGAUGGCUUUACAGUUACUGUUUUCCUUUUUUGUUUUUGUUUUUUUUGCCUCUGGAAGGUAAAUUGUGGUCUGUUUCAUUAUCAAGAAUGUACACAAAGAGCAUAUUCAGGUUUCUAAAGUCAUUACAACGCAAUAUUAUUGGCACAUUUUUAUUUAUUUUUUUAAAGUGGUGGCAUACUGUGCUGUAACUGACAAGCAAAUCUGCAUAUGAACCUGUGCCUAGUCUAAUCAAGUGAUUAUUUUACAAGAUAUGGUAUCAUUAAAAAAGCUUCAGACUUAAAGAAUAGAUUUGUUUUACUGAUGUAAAUUUAUAAUUAGAUUUUUAAAAUGCAUCUUGUAACAUAAUACAAGGACUUCCAGAUAGGUAAUACUUAGGCAUUACGCAUGUAAACAAGCUAAUUACAUGUGGAAUUUAAAAGAAA